ACUUGGCUGAAGAGGCAAAUGAACUAGCGCGACCAUCGUAGCCUACACACCGGGCGGCAGAAACGGGACGAGCUACGCAAAGUUCUCAAAACCUAGGAGGGGAUUUCGUGGAAGUACACGAGGCACUUGGAUAGACGUCGUUGAAGCGUUGGGGAUAACAACAACAAUACGCAUGUAUCCUCUCUAACUUCUAACUAGUUGGAGAGGAGUAUGCUUCUCCUGAAAGGGCUGUACACGCUGUAAACGCCAAAGAAUACAAGGGUCUUGUGUCAUGAAACUGAGUCCACAGCAAGCUCCAUUAUAUGGUGAGUGUGUGCUGACGGUCCAGCUGUGUGAUGAUGAGCGCGUGGAGGAAGAGGAGGAGGUGGAGUUCUACCUGCUGUUUGCAGGCUCCACCCAGCGGCACCUGGCCAGCACCCUCCGCCUCAGCCAGCUCACGCUCCAGGCCAUAUGCCCAGCCCACAACUCCAUUGAGGUGGUCCAGGUGACCCUGUGUUCAGCUCGGCCCGGCGGCUCCGUAGACACCCUAGCGGAGGAAUGCUUCCAGUUCGUCCAGGACCUGGCCUGGGACAUGGCCCAGUUCCUGGUGAGCCAUCAUGCUGGAAUCGGGCCCAGCGGUGCUGGGGAUGAAGUUGGUGGAGGAGGCGAUGGAGGUGGCAGCAGCAGCAGCAGUGGAGGUCAGGAGGGUGCCCUGCUGCUGGACGAGUGUCAGAUCCCUCUGCAGGAGUGUGAGAAGAUGGACUCCAACCUGGCCCUGGCUCUCCGCCACCUCACGCUGCCGCAGGGCUGGAGCGUGCUGGACACCAAGAUGAGCGCUCAGGCUCAGGAUACGCAGAAGGAGGCGUCACGGUGUAUAGAUGACCCACCCCGUAGCAGCACAGGCAGAGUCGACAGUGGACAGCAGCAGCAGCAGCAGCAGCAGCAGCCUGACACGCUCCUUCACUUCGCGGCACGGCGGGGACUUCGGCAGGUGGCCCUGUUUCUACUGGAGCAGCCGGGGGGUAGGGAGGCGCUGCGGCACCCCAACCAGCACGGACGCACGCCCGCACGGGAGGCCCAGAAACACGGACACGCACGGCUACAGGAACUGCUAUCAAAUCAACAAGAAGAACAGUUCUCCCCAGAGUCGACAGCACUAGAGAAGCUCAAGAAGAAGAAGGAGGAGGAGGAGGAGGAGAGGAACGUCUUCCCAGGGGGCCGAGGGUGCCUGCGUCACCACCCCCAACUCCGCACCUACUCGCUGACCCAGCACGUCGCCCCCGGGGGCAACCCCCCGCCCACCCUGCAGAGAGAGGUGCAGGACUUCCAGAAGCUCAUCCGUUGCCAUAGGGACCACAGAGAGGGCGGCGUUGCUGAGUUGCAACAGCAGUUAGCGCGGCUGUAUCCUGCCACAGGAAGUGAGGACGACAGACCCGGGAAGGGGCGACCGAACGGCUCAUCAUCAUCAUCAUCAUCGUCCCGCCGUGCGGCCAAAAGAAAACGCGGCAGGAGGAACAACAAUAACAAUAACAGCCCCAGCAGCAGCAGCAGCAGCCACAACAGUAACCGCACUACCAGCACCAAGACCCACCACCACGCCGAGACCCAGGGAACCACAGACACUCCCCCCACAGAGCUCUCACAGAGGCCCACGGAUGGCCAGGUGGCAGAGCCGCCGUUGAAUCAUGUCGGUGGGUCUGCCAGGGAUGGUGACCUGUGUCCAAACGGGGAGAGACCAGGAGACAAGGCAGGUGGGGAGGCGGAGAGGGCUGGAGCUGGACCUACUGGUGAACCACCACCACCACCACCACAACCACCCUCACCAUCACCUGCACCACUGCUGGCUGUAGAGGAGGAGGAGGAAGAGAAGGAGGAGUGGCGUGGUUCGCUCGUAGACAGCAGUGAGGCUGCGAGAAACGUGCUGCGGCUGGAAGCUGCCAGCGUUGCUACAGUACAGCGGAUAGAGGAAGCAGAGGCAGAAGACCACACGUCUCUGGAUACAGCAACAUUAGCGCUCGCAUCCGGCAGAGAGUCUCCGUCACCAUCAGCAGCAGAACAGGAAGAGAAACGCAAGGGGGAAGAAACCAGCAGCACAACAGUCACCUCCACAGACAGCACCACCACCACCACCACCACCACCAUGGGCCACACACAGUCCCAGGAGCAGCAGCAGCAGCAGCAGCAGCAGCAUAAAGCAACGAGGGAAAUGAGAGAAGUAAAAGGAGGGAGGGGGAACAACAAGGGGACGAGUGUUCCGCUGGGUCACGUGGGCCAACCACAGAUGACGGACAGCCUGUUACAGAGGCAGGAAACUGAGCCGGACUCGGGGAGUGACGGCACUACUACUCAGUCGUCUCCUCCGCCGGUGCCAGCAGUAGCUCUGAACAACGGCCACCGGGAAGACUCCAGCACGUGUGGAGAAGAAGCUUCGGGAGCAGCAAAAGACGACGGCUUCAUUUCUCAACACAGUUUGGCAGACGGCGAACCGUCAAAGGAAAAGGAAACUGCCAAAAAAGGGAGGAUAGAGACCACGUCAGAUUUGGAUCAGCCAUCAGAAGAGUUGUUACAGAAGGGGGAUGAACAGGCUGACAAGCCCAACGAUGGAGUAGCGAUCGGGGGCCUCGAGGUCAAUAACAUGGCUGGAGGGAGAAGUAACGGAGAGGAAGAAGAGCUCACCGGGCAGAUGACUGAGAACAGCACAGAGAGUCACGCGGCCUGCUCUCCUACCGAGCAGCAGGAAAAAUCAAAUCCCACCAGCAGUGUCUGCGAGGGGUCCCUUGUCACUGACUCCUUGCCUCAGACGGACUUCAGCUCCUCCAUACGCACCCACACUCACACCAUAUACAGUGAAGUAGAGACAGAUGAUAGAAGAGAGCGUGAAGAGACAGACAGCACUCUUAAAAGGACAUGUUCUUCCUCAACUGAGCAGGAGGAGGUGCUGGAUUUCAUGGUCAGUCUACGACCUGGCAUGGCUCCUGGACCCACACACCUACCGGAACCAGAUGGAACCAGUAUGGUGAUUGCAUCAGCAGCAGCAGCAGCAGCAGCAGCAUCAUCAGAUGCCUUUGUAUCAGAACAGGACUGUGCUGAGAACACUUGCAGCCCGGAGGCAUGUGACAGAGUUGUGGCUGAUGAUGUGGGAGAUCGUGAGACCGCAGGGCCUGCUGCUCAUACCGAGACAGCAGCCACCAAUCAGACGGCAGACUCAGAACAGCAGGCCAAUCAGAGUUCAGAACGGGAAGAUGAGAAGGACGAUGGCACAGCUCCUCCCGUGCCACUCUCAGGUGUGGCGCUGCAGCAGGAGCUGUCGUAUGCCGCAGUGUUGAAGCGCACCCUGGCAUCUGAACAAGAAGAACAGGCAGCAGCAGCACCCGCGGAGGAGGAGGAGAGUAGGGAAGAAAGGGAGGAAGAGGGGGAACAAGAGGAGAAUGGCGAGCCGGAAAAGCCCACACUUCCUCUGGAAUCCCCCCUCCAACCACCUGCAGAAGCGGGAGCAGCUCCCGCUCAAACAGAGCGACGAGGGAGCUGCUUAGAGCAGGACGUCUCCACGACAACAGGCUCGGAACCGUUUGCACACACAGAAGAGGACAGACAAGCCGCCACAGACACAGGUGCUGAGUCGUUUAAUGACUCUGAGCCAUGCACUUCAACAGAUGCUGGAUCUGUCACCACAAAAGGUGAGCCAGACAACGUAGUGGACACUGAGUCGAGUUCACACGUUACGACGGAGACGGCGAAGCAGAGGAUAGGAGAGGUCGACAAUUUGUCUGAAAGAGGAUUGUCGCCGGGAGAGUACGGUGCACAGGAGCAGCAGACGGCGGAAUUUAUCCCAGGAGGAAGUAGUCCAGAUAUAGGAGCCACACAAACUGAGGGAACGGUUCCUGGAACACACACAGAGCCAACUGAGGCAAUGUUUCCUGAAACGUUCACCGUGUGGUGUGAAGGAAUGGUGUCUGAAGCCCACACCACAGCGGUCGAGAGAACGGUUGCUGAUACUCACUCGGCGCUGAGUGUUGGAAUGGUUUCUGAAACGGACAUGCUUCACAGCCAACAGUUCGAUCGGGACAAAGGAACCACUAGUCUAAGCGAGGCAUCGUGCAUUAAAGGGGGUGAUUUUAACUCCCAGAGUGAUUCUUUGGCACAUCCAAUGCAAACCGCAGGAAUAAGUGAAGCCAGACCGCAGCACACAGAAGGAGGUACGGUAGCCCUCGAGGCAAAAACAGACUUGAGUUUAACCUUUACCGUGGAUGCUAAUUCCAGCAGCAAGGCACUUUCUGCUCCUCUGGAGGAACAGCCUGAGACUGGGUCAUCCAGAGCAGAGUCCCAGGCAGAGUUGCAGAGGAGUCCAGUGGAGGAGAUAGUCAGAGAGGGUUGUCGGUCGGAUUGUAACGUGGACGACCACAGAUCUGAACGGACCCCACAGGAGUCUGAAACCAAAGACUUCUGUCCGGACGGGCAUUCAUCUUCUCCUGAGUAUGUGGUGUGUGCCGACGUGUCCCCUCAGCUGUCUCAAGAUGAGCGGUGCAGGUCAACGGAAGGUUCCGGUAAGGAAUGCCAACAGGUUGCCUUGGAGGCCACUCCGAUGGUGGUGGACUCCUGUGAGGGCGACCGGUCACCUGAUCUGAAGGCAAAGGAGGCAGAAGAUUCCGAAGGAGAUAUCAUGGGUAUCGAGGGGACUCUGGAGUCUGAAAGAGAUAUGGUGGGUAGUGAGAGAAACACACAUGUGCUGGUGGGAAAUGUGCAUUUUCAGUCUCCAGCUGAAACCUCCACAGGGAGACCUGUGUUGGCAGUCUGCCUUGACGAGUCCCCCUUUCCUGGGGACGUGUGCCUGAUUUCCUCCUACUCUGCUGUUUCAGAUAGACAGGUUGAGGACACCCACUCAAACACAAACAUACACAAGACAGACACUUACACUGAAUCAAACCAAAGUGAGACAGACACUUGCUUGCACACAGCCCAAAGUCUGACAGACACUCGCACAAGCACCGCUGAAAAGGAGACUACACCUGUCACACACGCAUCCCAAAGCGAGACAGAGACUGACACAGGCCUUAGUGAGGCACAAUCUGAAGUACACUCACCCCACAGCACAGAGGAGACGGACACUCACACACACUCAAGCAUAGAGCAGACAGAGAGUCCUGCACACAGGGCCGAAAGUGACACAGAUUCUCACACACACUUAAUGUUGAACGACACAGAAGCAACAAACGCACACACUGUGCAAAGUGAGCAGCAACCACUUGAACAGCUGAGCCCCAACGGAUGCGACCCAGCUUUGGACACAACUCUACAGGGCCGAGUGGAUUCUCCUCCUCGCGCGUCUAUGAGUCCAGACGAGGUAUUCUUACCCGGCCCAGAGCCAAGCCUCCCUCUGGGUGAGGUGUGCCUCAGUGCAUCCUCCCGGGAAGUCGGGAAGGAGUCAGAGAAGCUGGAGCCACUCUCCACAGCAGAGGAAGACGCAGUAGACGGUAGAUCGGUCAUCGUUUCGAAUGGAAGUGAGGAAGCCGCAUCUGCUCUUGAGCCCAUUACAGAUGAGAUCCACAGGCAGACGGAGGUGUUCUACGCAGUGGAUUCAUGUGCAGAGAGUGACUUGCAGAAGAACAGUAAGGAAUGCUCUGACGUCCCUGUGUGUUCAGCGUCAGAGAACGUUGCUGCGGGAUCAGAUGAGCAACCCCACACCCUGGCAGAUGGAAUCACAGACCUGGUUACUGAGCCUAAGGCUGAAAGUCUGGCUCCAGCCGUCAUCACUGGCACAGAGUUGCCCUCUCCCUCACCACCCUCCUCCUCCACAGACGACCCACCCAGCAGCCCACACCUACCACAACACCCACACCCACACCCUCCUCCACCCUCUGCACCCUCAGACGCCACAGUCACCCGGUCCAGCUGGAGCUCCGCGGACUCGUGGCAGGCGAGCCCGGUGCCCGCUGCUGUGCCAGCCGAGGCGGAGGAGGCCGAGCGUAAGGACCGGGUGACGGAGGUGCCCGCCCUGUCUGCCCUGCUGCGGCCCGCCAUGCGGCCCCUCUCGCCCUUCCGCCGGCACAGCUGGGGGCCCGGCAAGGCACCGCAAAAUGCAGCUGGAGCAGCAGCAGCAGCGGUGACGGCGUCAGGGACUACGCCAGCAUCAGGGACUAUGUCAGCUGCAGAGGGCGAGCCCAGCACCAAGAACUUUACGCGCAGUCUCGCAAUCCGCAGUCCCGGCGCACCAAAGAGUACAAAGCCUACGGGACACAGAAGAAGUGUCAGCUGGUGUCCUUCGGAUAUCUUUCGCCCUCCUCCUGCAGAGCAGAUCACAAACAGAAGCUCCAGUUUGGAGGGGCUGUCUGCAGAGCAGGAGGCGGGUGGUUCUCCGGCCUCGGUGAGUCAGCCGGAGCCGGUCCGCGUACGGGAGCCGGUGCGGGCGGACAGAGGCAGCUCGCUGGUGUCUCUGACGGAGGAGGAGCAGGAGUCAGACAUGGGGGAGUGCAGCAGUCUGGACAGUCAGAAAUCGAUAGGGCUGCUGAGAUCCUUGGGCAGACCUCCUCAUCCAAGCCUGACAAAGUCUCGCUCCUUGGUAGCCAUCAGUCCCAAAGAUUUAGACGCGGUGGGACGAGUGCGACCCAAGAGGCGAAUCUCCUUCUCCUUCAGCAUCUCUCCGCUCCUCCCCAAAUCUAAAACGUUCUUUUCUAUUGGCUCUUCAUCCAGCGAUGAGGAGGAGGCAGUCAGUCUGGCGUCUUUCAGCAGCGCCUCUGGAUCUCUGGACUACAGUAUUUCCGAGGAGGACCCGGGCCCUCUCAGGACUGAUGGGGAGGGGAGGCAGGGCACCAAGGUUAGCCGAACGUUCAGCUACCUCAAGAGCAAGAUGAGCAAGAAGGGCAAGGAGAAGGACAAAGAGAAGGAUCGCCUGCGUGAGAAGGAUGCCAAAGAGAAGGAGAAGGGCUUGUGUAACGGCCACCUCUUCAGUGCCAUCACCAAUGCCCCUUCCACCCCGUGCCAGCACUGCAGCAGGCCCCUCAACACUAAGGAGGCCUUCAUCUGCAACAAUUGCAGUGCACAUGUCCAUAAGGGCUGCCGAGAGAGCCUGCCUGUGUGUGCCAAGGUCAAAAUGAAGCCACCAUCAACUGUGCCUGACUCUGCUUCACUGACGAGUGUGUCCAUGAGGAACAAAACGACAGUGGUUGGGAUAUCUCGGGAUCGUCCCAAGUCGACAAUUUCCUUCCCUGACGACCAGCCUCCCUUGAACCCCCCACGGAAAAGCACCAGUGGCAUCAUGUCAUUCAGUGGACAUAGCCCUCUGUCCAAGAGUGUGUCCAUUACCAACAUCGCAGGCCCCAUGCAUGAUGACAUGCCCCUGAAGAAGUUCCUCUCCCAGUCCACUGACAACCUGCACAAGACCAGCAAGGUCAACGAGUCCACAGAGUCCCUGACGGAUGAAGGUACGGAGAUGAUGGACACCCAGCUGCUGUGUGAGUUUGAGGCGGACGUACGGGACCUGGAGUCGGACUCCUGGAGCGUGACGGUGGACAAGAAGCAGCUCAAGCAGCUGAAGAAGGAGGUGGUCAAGAGGCAGGACGUCAUCUACGAGCUGAUGCAGACGGAGCUGCACCAGGUCCGCACGCUGCGCAUCAUGGGCGAGGUGUACUGCAAGGGGCUGCUGCGGGAGCUGCAGCUAGAGGGCGCCGCGCUGGAGCGCCUCUUCCCCUGCCUGGACGAGCUGACCGAGCUCCACACCCUGCUGCUCUCCGCCCUGCUGGAGAGGCGCCGCCAGACGCCCCUCACGCGGGACCCCAACGCCGAGAGGGGCUACCUGGUGCACAGGGUCGGGGACGUGCUGGUCCAUCAGUUCUCGGGCUCCAAUGCAGAGCGCAUGAAGAAAGUCUACGGAAAGUUCUGCAGUCGGCACAACGAAGCCGUGAACUACUACAAAGAGCUCCACGCCAAAGACAAACGGUUCCAGGCCUUUAUUAAGAAAAAGAUGAGCAGCGCGAUUGUGCGAAGACUGAGCAUUCCGGAAUGCAUCUUACUGGUGACCCAGCGCAUCACCAAAUACCCAGUCCUCAUCCAGAGAAUACUGCAGCACACCAAAGACGGUGACGAGGAGCAGGAGGAGGUGUCGCGGGCCCUGCGGCUGGUGAAGGAGGUGAUCUCGGCAGUGGACACGCGCGUGCACGAAUACGAGAGGCGGCGGCGGCUGAAGGACGUGUACGGCCGCACCGACAGCAAGUCCAUCAUGCGCAUGAAGAGCGGCCAGAUGUUCGCACGGGAAGACCUGCUGAGGGGCAGGCGGCUCAUCCACGACGGCCCGCUGCAGCUCAAGACAUCCGUAGGGAGGUUCAAAGAGGUCCAGGCGCUGCUGCUGUCAGAUGUGUUUGUGUUCAUGCAGGAGAAGGAUCAGAAAUACAUCUUCGCCUCACUGGACCAGCGCUCCACGGUGAUCUCUCUGCAGAAGCUGAUUGUGCGCGAGGUGGCCAAUGAGGAGAAGGCUCUGUUCCUCAUCACGGCGGGCAUCGAGCGGCCAGAGAUGGUGGAGGUGUACGCCAGCUCCAAGGACGAGCGCAACACCUGGAUGCAGCUCAUCCAGAACGCCAUGCAGUCCAUAGAAAAGGACGAGGACGAGGGCAUCCCCAGUGAGGGGGAGGAGGACAAGAGACUACAGGAGAGCAAAGCCAAGGAGAUGAGAGACCUCCUGCAUCGUAAGGACGAGCAGAUCCUGGGUCUGCUGGAGGACAAGGUGAAGCUCUUCAGGGAGCUGUGCGACUGUGCCGCCCCCGACGACCUCAUGCACACGCUCCGAGGCCGCAUGAUGUUCCGCGCCACCCCUAGUGAUGUCACCAAGGGAGAGCCAAUCAUGAAGGACGCCAUAAAAGAAGUGGAGACCCUUCAGGAGCUGGUGAACAGGAGUGUUGGCGGGGCAGUGGGCCACCAAAUGUCAUCCUGCCAGGAUGCACCAGGGGGCAGUGUUGGGCCUGUGUGCCUGCCCAGACGCGCUGAGACUUUUGGAGGCUUUGACAGCCACCAGAUGAACAUCUCCAAGAAUGGAGAGAAAGAUGAGGGCGAGGAUCUGAGAAGAACAGAGUCAGACAGUGUCCUGAAGAAGGGUGGCAAUGCCAAUCUGCUGCUCCUUCUCAAGAGGAACAGUGAGCAGGUACUCAGCAGCGUUACCCACCUGCACGAUCUGCUGCUGGCCCUGCAGGGUGUGGUGAUCCAGCAGGACUCCUUCAUCGAGGACCAGCGUCAGGCCCUGACCGGCCAGCGCAGCGCCUCCUUCUCCUCCACCUCCUCCCUCUGCUCCUCAGCCUCCGCCUCCACCUCCUCCUCCCGGCCCACCUCUGGCCUCACCCCCAGCAUCUCCUCCUUAUCCUCCAUGUCCACCUUCCCCUCCACAUCCUCCACACCAUCCACCACCCCCACCAGCGGCACCACACCCACCCCAACCCCCAUCCCGAUCAGCAAUGUGGGUCCGAGCACGGGCGCCGCGGAGACGGGCGUGAGCUCCAGCGCCCAACUAGCCGAGCAAGAGCGGGCGCUGGCGGAGGAGAGGCGGCGCUGGCAGGGCCUGUGCGAGGAGCGGGAGCGUGGCCUGGCGGAGAGGGAGCUGCAGACGCGGCAGCAGGAGGAGGAGAGGGACGCGGGGGCCAGGCAGCUGGAGCAGGAGAGGAGGCAGCUGCAGGAGAGACAGGAGGAGCUCCAGAGGGACCUGCGCCUCCUGCAGGAGAGGGAGGAGGAGGUGCGGCGCGAGAGGGAGAAGCUGAGGGAGGCGCAGGCCAGGGUGGAGCAGGAGAGGGAGCAGAUGCGGUUACAACAUCACAUGCAGCAACAGCAGCAGCGCAUGCAGGAGGAAGUAUGCCGGCCUCACAGGACCCCCUCCACUACCUCGGACGACUCCAUGAAGUUCCAGAGUUCCGGCUCGCUGGAGCGGUUCCCCACCGCGGACGCCGACCUGAGCCUCUACUCCACCUCCGCUCCCACCUCCACCACGGCCAAGGACCUGCUGUCACGCAUGGACUCCAAGAAGCGCAAGGGGAAGAGCCUGAACCCUUUCGCCUCCUCGUCCUCCUCCUUGGCCUCUGGUGCCUCAGCCACACAGUCCAGAGGGCUGCUGCAGCUCACCAAAGCCAAAGACAAGAAGGACAAGAAGAAGAAGAAGGGCAAAGGACAGCCCGCUUCACCCACAGAUAACCCUGGCACUGAAGCGACAGAUGCCCCUGCUGAUGGAGAGGUGUUCUUCUGCUGAAACUCCUGUUAUAUCUUCACAUCUGGGUCCUCCCACAUCCCACGGUGCCCCCCCUCCUCUCCUCUCUCAGGAUAAGCCUUACCAAAGUCCUGCCCCUACUGCCCCCAACUGUUAGUUGGGCACUUGAAUUCCAAUGCCAUGCCAAAGAUGAUCCACACACCUUUUUGCAGAGCGCUCGCGUACACACACACACACACACACACACACACACACACACACACACACACACACACACACACACACACACACACACACACAUACACAUACACACACACACACACACACACACACACACACACACGCACACACGCACACACGCACACACCAAACAACAGCAAAGAGAUCUAGCCUGACAUCAGUUCUGGAUCCAUCGAGGUGUGGUUUUAUGUCAUGUCAUAUUGGGACUUGGCUUGAAACUGCAAAUGUUCUUUUGAGAGGGAGCCUCAGAAGGAACAGUGGCUACCAUUGCCAUCCUGAACACGAGGAAGAGGAGGGGAAAACGGAACAAGGAGAGUAUGCGACGACUGCAGGAGGAAACCCACUGCAUGGAGACCACUUCUCUGAAGGGCAACACGAGAAGAAGCCUUCAAAGAGACUCACGUUGUGACAUGGUGGUGCUGCAUCACCGUAGGGAGCUUUGGUCCUCCUGACGGCCAUGUUGCCUUGUGUUUGAGCCAUUAAAAGCUCCCGGAGGACAUUAAGGGGGGUAAUUAGACUCAUUAGUGUCCUGAGGGACGAACAACAAGCGUGGAGGAGGAGGAGGAAACGGAACCCGGAGGACAGAUGUCUAUGCCUUCAGGGUUUGGCGUGUGUGUAAGUGUGUGUGUUGAAGCACAAUUUUUAACACCUGCUUUGAGUGAUUGGCACACCUAAGGAAUCCUAGAGAGGGAGAAUUAGGGAUGACAUGGAAGCUUAAAGUGCAUACACAAAUGUGUGUUUUACUUACUUGCACAUAGGAGAUAGACAUAAACGUGUGGCUUAAGACAGUCAUACAGUACAGAAGACAUGUUAAACAAGGACAAUGAAGUAUGUGAGGGAUAGACAGUUGUUAAAUGAGGAGGCUGUUCAGUUCUAGAAAGUUGGAUUGUUAAAUGGAAGUGGGACAAGGUGACUGGAGGAGUUGGCGUUUGAAAGAAAACACACACACACACACACACACACACACACACACACACACACACACACACACACACACACACACACACACACACACACAAAGAAAUGCAUGUUCACUCACACAACUGCACAUAUAAAGCACACAAACACACAGAGGGAGACAAACACACACGCAUGCACAAAUAAGGGUUUCUUUCUUCAGAUAUGUUUCAGAUUAGGUUCCCUAUGCCUGUGUUUUGGGCAACCACCAACAGUUCUUUUUUUAGCCUUAUUUUUUUACCCCUAACUGCCAGCCUUAAUGCAGUUUUUCAAACACAAUUUUAAUUUUAAGCACUUUAUUGCCACGAGUCUCAGAUGAAAACUGUCAACCAGGAGCAAGAGGGACUAUCCUCCACCUCCAGCUAGGUUUGUAAUGGUAAAGAAAUACAAAAAAAAUCUAACAUGGAGAGACAAGUGUUGCUUUUGAGACCUAGUUAUUGUAUUUUUUUAUUUUAUUUUUUAAUUUGUGUAAAUUGUAAACGAUGAAGAGAAAUGCGGAACUAGCUUCCACGUGAUUAAAUGAUAUCCCAAAGGUCUAAUUGUGGUACUGUCUUUGAGGUAUAUAUGCAUAAUUCACUGAAGCUGAUUCUCCGUGAGGUCGGUGCUAACACAAUCAGGACCAUAUCAUAUCUGCAACGCAACGAGUCGUCGUUGCAAUACCAUAGCGCUCUCCCUUACAGGCGGAAGGGUAAUCUCGCUGACUUGCAAAUCAAACCAAAGACCCAUCAUUAACAGACAGUGGUUCUCUUCAGGGUUUCCCUGUUCUGUGCCACCCCUUUUGACCUGUGUGUUUAUACCCGAACCACUCCAUUGACCUUUGACCCCCCCCCCUAAGGUCUUGGACCACAACAUAUCCCAAGAUGCCCCCGCCUGCAGGCCAGGCCCGCUUAGAGAAGCUAGCGGCCCCCACUGCACCUAUGUAUGCAGUGCAGAUGUCAGAUGAUGGGGGAGACGCAUAGUAAACACAAACCCUCUCUCUCUCUUCAUCUCAGUAAUCCUUUCCUUCUCCCUGGGCCAUUAUUUUAAUGUACUCAUUUUUUAUUAUUAUUGUUAUGUUUGUGUGUGUGUGUGUGUGUGUGGAGAGGCGAUGCCCUGGCGUGCUGCAGGGACCAGUGCUGUGCUAUGCCGUGCUGCAGGGGGACCCUGUAUGGAUUUAUUUCCUUCCUGUCAGCCGUCCAGACGGUGAUUCACGAGCAGCCAGACCCCCAUGGGUGAGGAGGUGGAGGAGGAAGGGAGGAGGUGGCAGUAGGGGAGGCCAUGUGUUAGAGAGAGGAGAGGAGGGGAGGGGGUGAAGGAGAAGAGGAGGAGAGUUGGGCUGCCAUGAACUGAAGAGAAAUAAAGCUAGCCAUAACAGCAGCAGCAGCAGUACCAGAGUGAGGGGAGGGGGCGCCAGCCAUCCUCUCAGCCAGGAGCAACUCCAUCACAGAAUGGCUUAGUGAGGAGAGGGGCAGUGAGAGAUUGGGAGGGGUGAUUGGAGGGGUGGGCUGGGGUGUCAAGUCAAAACCAAGCAGAGGGGGGAGGCCUGCAUGUGAACUGCUCAAACACCCCCCCCACACACACACCACUCACCAGUGAGCAUUGUACUUGUAUGAGAGGGUGAAAAAAGAAAAGUAGAUAGAAAAGAAAGAAUGCAUGAGCAGUGAAGAGAGAAGGAUAGAGGGAGGGAGAUGGAGACAGACAGCCAGACAGAAGGCAGUUAUCUAAAAGGGAAUGUUCCUUUUAGGUAAUUUUUAUUCGGUUCAAUUUUCAGUAAUCCGCUGGAUUUAUGGGAGUCGCCGCAUUCCUGGCCUCUGGAUAAUCAGAAACCCAAACGCAGACUUUGAUCCACUUUCAUCUCUUCCUGUUUGCCUUCGAGAUGGAAUGUAUGCCAUAUCCCUUUUUUAAAUGCAAGCGUCUGCCUUUUCAAACACGUUUGAAUACAGUAGCCAGGCCUUUCAUAGUUCCAGGAAAAUUAUUUUUGGUGAUGCACAGCGAAAUGUUCUACCUAAGAAAUAAAACUAACGGCAACGAUUUGAGUGCACUAUUGUUUGGUGUCACAUUGUGUGGGGUUGAGUAGUUCUACCUCUGCGCCGCACAAUUUGAGAUGAUUGUUACUAAAACAAAAGCAAAAAGGUACCGUUUCAUUCUAUUUCUUUUUUUUUCUUUUUUUGUAAAAAAGGGCAACAAUAAAAGUACUUUUGUAAAUAGUUGUUAUGUAAAAAAAAUAAAUUAUGAAGUAUUAAAUAUG